CCCACGAAGACGGCGUUUGGAACCUUUAAAAAUAUAAUGCACACCAUCAAUCUUCUUCAUUGUCUCUUGGCCUUUGGCUUCUGUAAGGGAGAGAUCUCUCUCCAGAUCUCUUGUUCGCUACGCGGGUUUCUCUGCUAAAGCUCACCAUCAUCAUGACUCGAGGAAGCCAGAGAGAGCGAGACCGUGAAAGAGCUCAAGCUCGUGCCGGAGGAAAGGGAAAGACCAAAGACGAUGGUUUAACUCCAGAGCAACGCCGUGAAAGGGAUGCAAAAGCAUUGCAAGAGAAGGCGGCGAAGAAAGCUGCUCAAGCUGCAGGAUUAGCUGCUUCUGGAGGAGGAGGAGGCAGCAAAGGAAACAAUAAUAAGAAAUGAUUCCGUUGUUGUUGUUGUUGUAACUUUCUUUCUUUCUUUUUAGAUCGGUAUUGUUUCUGUGUUGAACUUAAUUUGCUUUUGAAUAUUUGAAACUUUGAUGUUUGGUUGUGUGAAUUGUGUUGCUCUCUUUUAAUGGAAUGCAUUUUCGAAGACA